AUGAGUAUCAAACCUGUAUUCUCUUUCUCGAUUGAUAUGAAGCUAUCGGAGAAAGGUGUAUCUGUAGGAAAAUAUGACGGUGAAACCGCAAGCUUGACAGCUAUAACUCAAUCGAAUAAGACCACAUCGAAAAUUGAAUUUGCAAUAACAGCAGGAAAAUUAUCAAAAUCCUCUGAAAAUGAUUAUUUAGCAAUUGGGAGCGACACAAAUAUUUUAGUUUACCAAGUUAAUGAUAAUCUGGAAGUUUUUUUUAAAGAAAUAACUGAAGGAGUCUUGUGCAUGAUUAUAGGGACAACUGACGAUAGAGCAGGUCCGAUGCUUUUUUGUGGAUCAAAACAAACAGUUAGAGGAUUCAAUGAACAUGGUGAUGAGAUUCUUUGGAUUGUAACAUCAUGUUUUGUAAACUCGAUUGAACUAUUCGACUUUAAUCGGGAUAAUGAACUUGAGAUUAUUCUUGGGUGUGAAAAUGAGAAGAUAAAAAUUUAUAAGAACGACAAGUUCAUUCGAGAGUUGAAUGAAAGUGGACCAAUUAAGAAAGUAAUCAAGAUUAAUUCACUUUUGGCAUUUAUUCUCAAAAACGGUACAAUUGGUAUUUACGAAGGACAUGUCCGCCUUUGGCGCAUAAAAGCGAAAUCAACUGCUUCAAGUGCAGCAUCUUACGAUAUUUUAGGAACAGGUCAUAUGCAAUUAGUCAUUGGAUGGGAGAGUGGAAAAAUUGAUGUUCGAGAUCCUCGAUCAGGUGAUGUGCUGAUGAAAAUGAUGUCGUCAAACAAAAUUAUUGGUCUACUUGUAACAGAUUAUCGUGGAUUAGGGAGUAAUGAGUUAAUAAGUAUAUCAGAGCAAGGGGAUAUUCAAGGCUACAUGACUUCAUCAAUUAACCUUGCACCAAUAUCAGCAUGCGAUGGUUCACAAAUCAGUGAGAUGCUUAAUCUGAAACAAAACCUACUCACAGAACUUAUUCAUUAUGAAAACAAUUUGCGAGUCAAUGAUGCUUUAACUUCAGCUUCUGAUGAUUCAUUAACAACUGUGAAACAACUGAGAGCGGUUGCGAAUGACUUUGCUAUUAUUCCAGCUAAUACUCGUUUAUCCAUCGGAAUUUCAGCUGAUGAAAUUAAAAAAUCAAGUGUUGAGGUCAGUAUCAGCACAAACAAUUCAACAAUUAUUAAAGCUGUUAUAGUGUUCACCGAUGGAAUUUUUCCGAAUGGAGAAGUUUUGAUAGUUCACCCACCAACUAAGAGAGUAGUUUCAGGUAUUUACUCGGGAAUUCAGUCGGCAAGUAGUCGUAUUAGUGGAGUAUCGAACAUAGUUAUUCCAUUGAAAAUUCCAAAAGAUGAAGUAAUUGAUGUUCAUAUAAAAGCAUUUGUGGGAAGCGUCGAUGGAAAUCAGUUCCAUGUUUUCGAACUAAAUCGUCAACUCCCAAAAUUUUCAAUGUAUUCUUUGCCCGAGAAAAUCAGCGGUUCACCAAAAGGAUUUGAAGAGAUUUCAAAGUUAUCUGAAAACUUCUCUUUAAAAGCUCCUGAAAGUUUUGUGAAAUUUAAGGUCGCUGAAAGAGUUUCAAGAUUUUGUAUGUUUAUAAAUCAGAACUUUCUAUUACCGGCUGAUAUUGAACCACCAGCGAACGAAAUAGAUUCAUUUGAUUUUCUUAAACUAUCUUUAGUUUCUCUUCGUGAUGCUUCACCUGUCAUCAUUACGUUUUACAAUGAUUCGAAUAUUAUCAUUCAAACAGAAAACCUUGAACUUGCAGGUAAUCUUGUUCAAUCGAUUGCAGAAUUCAUGAAUAUCACGAAUCUUGAUUCAUCUGCUUCAUUUCCCGGUACCGUAAGUAAAUUUCAUGAGUUAUUUGAAAAGCUCCAAGGACUACAAGAAUCAGCAAACGUUCUAAGAACUGAUACAGCACUGAAAAUAAAUCUUGCUAAAAUCUUAGUAAUAAGAGCCGAAGAUGCAAAAAUCACAAACAUGGCACAACGCUUAAGAGUUGGAAAUGUUGCAACAAAAAUGAUGACACAAUACAAGGAAGCACUUCUUCAGAAAAAUGUCGAGAAGCUUGUUCAAAUUAUGGAGAUGGGAAAAUAA